AUGAACAAAAAUGAUUCCUGGGAAUACAUCAGCAGAAAAAGAAAGAAACCAGAAAUUAUACUUGGAGAUGAAAGUACAAUGAUGGUGGCAGAACAAUGGGACACAGUAGACUUGAAAGCAAUGUGUGAUAUAAUCCUCGCCAUAAGCCCAGCAGAAUUAAAACAGACAAAAGGAUGUGAAACUGCACAUAAAAUAUGGAAUAAGCUACAUGAAAUUUUUGAAUUGAAAGGUCCUGCGAGAAAGGCUAAUCUACUAAAGAAAUUAAUUUUCAAGAAAAUGAGGGAGGGAAGGAGACAACAUGGCAGAUCACCAAAUGAAGGGAGAGAAAAUCAUAAAUGGUGUAUAGACUCAGGUGCUCCAUCACACAUGUGCAAUGAUAAAGCAAGAUUUUCUAACGUUGAAGCAUCCCAUGUAAGUGAAUUAAACUUGGCCGACUCACCUACAAUGGAAAUCAAAGGAAGUGGUGAUGUAAUAAUUAAAACAAAGGGAGGAUUUCAAGCCAAAUUAGAGAAUACACUCCUCGCACCAAAACUGAGGACCCACUCUCCUGUUAGUAGGGAUGAUAACUGA